AUUGAACAAGAGUCUGUCCGUUCUAUUACCGUCCGAUUGGGCUGGGAGAGACGGAAAUAGCAGUGAGAGCGCUUGCACUGCCCUUCGUCAAUCUGGUGCGCUGCCCCUCUCCAUCUCCGAUCUGAAAUUUCCAUUUCGUUUGACCGGCACAGCCGGUUGUAUAAUAUAAUUUGCGAAGAACUACUCUAUCAAUUCAAUUCAUGAAUCCACUGGCAUGCAUAUCACCAACAUAAAUAUAUGAUACGAAUAACCACAGCCCACAGAAUCAUGGGACGAAAUGUCAAAAUCAAGUAAGAUACUAAACAAACAGACAAAAACGAAACUUCUUGCAUUAGCUAAGGCAACUUUAAGAUCGCAACUGAGAAACAGCACUGUAAGAAACAACUGAAUACAACUUCAUCAGAUAAGAUCACAAGAAGUCAAGCAAGUAAAGUGGUAAUGGAAAUAGCUAAACAAGAUAUCGUUAAAGAUUCGACCAUUUCCUCACGUGUUAGCAAUAGAAGAAGAUAAAUAGAAACAGGGUACUCAGGUCUUUUACCUGGUUCCAAUACAAAACGAUAUACGGAGUCCUCCGGUAUUCAACAAUUGAGCAGAUACUGCUGAACUCUAGACCCAGUAAAAUAAAUACACCUCAAAAUCCAAAAGCAUAGUUUCUUGCCUUGAGCUCCGAAGUCAACUUGAUUUUAGAAAAGCCGAGAAAUUAGAAGGUGGGGACCUUGGGGCGAAAGUUCUAGGUUUGCAGGAAUAAUAGCAGUGGGAUUGAAGGUCUAAUCCACCCUUUCCUCUUCCCCUCCACCCAAACACAACAUAAAGCGUCAAGCAAAAUGAAGCAAUCCUCAUCACAACUCCCAAGUGUCAACUGCUAGAUUUGCAGUUGGGUAGGAUACCAUAUGGUACAAAUUGCCUAAAUUACGCGAGUGCGCAGUCAUUCAAAUUCAUCUGUUCUGCUAGAUUGCCGCUCUACCAUGUACAACCCUAAUUACGAUCCCAGAUACUCCGACACCGCCUCAUAUCGUCAACGCAGGAGUGAUCUAUUGGGGCCAGCACAUUCUAGUGUUCUGCCACAUGUAGCCGGUGGAGCAGCUUCGAGUUAUGGCCGUGGUGCCCGAACUUCUUAUGGAGGCCCUAGCCGUGGUGCCCGAACUUCUUAUGGAGGUACUGGCCUUGGUGCCCCAACUUCUUAUGGAGGUACUGGCCUUGUUGCCCCAACUUCUUAUGGAGGUCCUGGCAGUGGUGCUCCAACUCCUUAUGGAGGUCCUGGCCGUGGUGCUCCAACUCCUUAUGGAGGUCCUGGCCGUGGUGCUCCAACUCCUUAUGGAGGUCCUUUGGUGGUUCCACCUUAUUCUGCUGUUGGUGGUAGAGUUUUGGGGGAUGUAGCUGGAUCUAUACCUGGUGCUGGUGGCCAUUCCUGGGUUGCUUCUUCCAACAUGGGUAUUGGCAAACACGUUAGUGUUGGUAUAGGAGAUCGAGGGGGUGCUAACCAAGGACUUGGUUUCCAUAGUAAAGCGGAUCGGGCUGG